AUGACCGCAGAUCUGCCCUUUCAGCUGGCCGACACGAGCCUCGCCCGUCCCGACUGCCUGGUUGACGGCCAGGACACAUCCGCCAAGUCGGGGAGACGCUUCCAAGUCAUCGAUCCAGGCACCGGCAAGCCGUGGAUCUCCUGUCCCGACUGCGGCAGCGAGGACGUCGACGCGGCCGUGCAGUCGAGCCACCGAGCCUUCCAGGAAUACUCCAAAUGGACCCCGAGGAAGCGAGCCCAAACCAUCUCCAAGUGGCACCAGCUGAUUGUCGAAGCCCGCCAAGACCUGGCCACGAUUCUCGUCCACGAGACCGGAAAGCCUCUCGCAGAGGCCUACGGCGAGGUCGACUACGCGACAGGCUUCACCUGGUGGUUCGUGGGCGAGGCAGAGAGGGCCCAUGGCAGCUCCAUCGUGUCCGCCGUCCCUGGCCGUCGCGCCAUCACCAUCAAGCAGCCGAUCGGAGUCGCUGCCGCCUUGGUGCCGUGGAACUUCCCCAUCGCUCUGACUCUGAGGAAGAUGGCCGCAGCGCUGGCCGCGGGCUGCACCAUGGUUGUCAAGCCGUCGCCGGAAACACCGCUAACAGCCAUUGCCGUGGCACGCCUCGGACUCAAGGCCGGAUUCCCCGUCGGCGCCCUCAACAUCCUGACCACCAGCCUCGACAACACUCCUGCCGUCGCGGAAUCUCUUUGUCUCCAUCCGCUGGUGAAGAAGGUGACCUUUACUGGUAGUACGCGGGUCGGCAAGAUAAUUACCGGUCUUUGCGCGCGUAACCUCAAAAAAUCCACCUUGGAACUUGGCGGGAAUUGCCCCUUCAUCGUCUUUGACGAUGCCAACAUUGAUCAGGCACUCGGUCAACUUAUGGCUCUGAAAUGGCGUCACGCCGGCCAGGCCUGCAUCUCGUCAAAUCGGUUGUACGUCCAGCGUGGCGUGUACGACUCCUUUGUGAAGGAGCUUAUACAGAGGACGUCCCUGCUCAAGGUUGGGCAUGGCAUGGCCGAGGGAACGACCAUGGGCCCCGUCACGACGCCCCGAGCACUCGACAAGGCCGAGGAAAUGGCAAAGGAUGCCAUUGCAAACGGUGCCAAAAUGGUAUAUGGGACAGGUCUUCGUGCCGAAUCUACGGGGGGCUACUUCAUGAGCCCAACCAUUGUGACAGAGGUGACGGACGACAUGCUCAUGAGCAAGGAUGAGAUUUUUGCGCCGCUUCUCGGCGUGUCCGUUUUUGAUACCGAAGACGAAGUGACCACUCGAGCAAACAACACCAGUAUGGGAUUGGCGAGUUACGUCUUCACCAAGAAUGUUGAUCGGCUGUGGAGGAUGUUUGAGACGCUGGAGGCCGGCAUGAUUGGAUUGAAUACUGGAAACAGCUCAUGCGCCGAGGCCCCCUUUGGCGGUAUCAAGGAGAGUGGAUGUGGGAAGGAGAGCGGAAAAGAUGUAGCAGUGGAGGAGUUUCUGGUGACCAAGAAUGGGACGCUCACAGUCGAAGAUCAUUGGUGA